CUCUCCUUCCCACACCACACCCAUAAAUUACAUUCCUCUUUCCUUCUUCCCUCUUCAGCUCCUUCCUCAUCAUGCUUCAUCCCCGGAAAGGAAUAGCCUCCGGAUACCAUGCAGAUUCCGAUAAUUCCAUUAGAACAAUCGGCGAUUUCAACGGAUCGAACGGAGUUGGAUUCGGCAAGCCGACUCUAAGAAUCAAUGGAAACAAAGAUGAUCAUGGGAUUUGGAGUGGAAUAGAAUUCAGCGCACGGACCCAAUUGGAAGAGGACUCCGGCAUUUCAUCACCACCCUUAUGGAAGAUGAGCCCACCGAGGGAUCCACCAACAAAAGCUUAUCGCUUUCAUCAUCAUCUUAACCCCACCUUACGAUCACAGGCAAUUGCUGAUGGUCGGCGUGAACUGAUGGAGAUGAUCCAAAACGCGCCUGACUCCGCUUAUGAGCUUUCUCUAAAGGAUCUUGUCGAGCUUCCCUUGAACAAAGGAGUCAGGCAGGCGACUCUCGAGGAGAGAGGAUUGACAAAUGAAACGAUCCAUGAGGAGAAGAAAGUGACGACGAAGAUGAAAAAAAAUGGAGGUAAAGGACACGGAUUGAAACAUGGAAAGGUGGACAAUGGAGCUUUUCUUCUCAAGAUGUUCUUUCCUACUUUGGGAUUGAAGAAGAGGAGCUCUGGAGUCGGUACCUGUUCGAAAGUUUCACCGAAACCUCCACCGGCAGAAGGGGAAAAGGCUGGGUUUGAGAAGGGUGUGGAUGGGGAGUGGUGGAAGAAACAGAACUCUGCCGGUGGGGAGAGUGAUAGUUCUGGAAGGAGCGGAAGCAGUGGGAGCAGCAAUAGCAGUGGAAGGCAAAUGAGUGGUGUUAUACCUGGCUGCUGGUCCAUCUUCCACACCAAAGACAGGAAAGGGCGGGAACAUAGACGGUGACUCUUCUGAUGGAAUGCUAUAUAAAUAUUGUUGUAACUAAACCAGUGAUGGUGCUGAGAAAUAGAUGAAAAUAAAAGUGAUGGUGGCAGAGCAAAAUUUUAGCAUGGCAUGUGUAUAUUUGUUUUUAAAUAAUGGCAAUACUGGUAUUAUCAUUAGCCUUACCCUUA